GAAAAUAACUCAAAAUUUCGAGUUAGCGCUGCCAAUAAGAAAUCUACGUGGCUGAUGUCAUUUCCUUGUUACCCGGAAGGAUAUGGCGCAAAGGGGUGCGCACUCAAAACUGGAUCGUGUCGUGAGCUACUGUAUUAACAACAAAUGGCGCCAGGUUCUUCAGUUUUGAAUGCCUUCCUACAAAUGAUAACUGGAUAAAAGGUAUAUAAAAACAGUGUGACAGCGAUUGUUACAUACAAAGUUGAAUAGAAUGCAACGUGAGGGUUAACCAAAGGUACCUAUAAGGUUUCUGUUACACGCUAAUGACACCUGUUACGUCUGAUGAAACAGACGUUUUGCUGAAAGCAUGCGUAAUAAGUGUACAGCACUGUAUAAAACAAAAUCACAAAUCACCCAAAACAGGGAAUAUGACUGACAACUAUAUAAAUAAGGAACAAAACCAAUAAAACUGUAACCAGACAACUGAGAAAAUGUGGGAUUGACUGUAUUGUGAUGCUGAUUGUAGUUACAGUGCAAAUGGACACUUAAAAAUGCAGUUCCCACUUCUCCACCAUAGUCAGAGCUCAUAAUGUAGGUAGGCACAGAUACUUUGAUGAUAAUAUGGUGGCUUUAUUUUAAUUUUGUAAUUUUAAUUUACAUCCUUCCUUACAGCAUGGGAGACUUGACUGAAUUCUUGAAACAAAGAGAAGUCUCUGAGGAAAUUAUACAGACCUUGGAGAAUGAGAAGAUUGAUGCCAGUGUCAUAAGUCUAAUGACAGAUGAGGAGCUGAAGACUUAUUUGCCAUCAUACGGUGAUCGUCUAGCAGUAUUUGGAUUUUGCAGACGGAGGGGCAGCAGCCGCAAGUCAGCGCUUUUUGAACGGCUGAAAUCCAAACUGUCCAAAAGAAAAUUAUCUGAAGAGGAUGGCAGUAGCACACGGCAAGAAGAACAUUCCCAAACAACCCAUAAAAGAAAUGCUCUGAAGAGAAAUAGAAAAAUAGAAAUAGGAUGGAUGCAUUAUGAUGAAGACACUGAGGUUUUCAAGCAGGUUAGAGCUAGACGAGGAGGAGGAACAAGAAAAAUAGACAUUUGCAAGGAUGCCAAGAAAAGGGACAUAUUACAGGUUGCAACAGGCCUGUUCUUUCCAGAUGGAGGAAACAUUCAGGGGCCCUUAACAGAUUUUGACUGUGAUCUGAAGGAUUAUCAAGAGAUGAUAGUCGAUGAUGCAUUGACAGUAGGAGAACUUUAUCAUGUCACAAAACUUAAUAUCCUCAGGUUCUACCUCACCACAAAGAAAAAACAAAAUGACAGCCUUCAGAGCUCCAACCCAGGUUUGCAUCCAUCUUCAGAAAUUGAAGCGAGUCCUCAAAACCAAACCUCUUCUUUUACUGUCACUACAGUCCAAACAUCUGCUCCAUUUGAAACAAUCAGCCAUGAUGUGACAUACAUUGAAGACACUCCAAACGAUAACCUUCCACAAUCUUCCACGCAGUCUCUAAGCGCUAACACUUCUCACAGCAGUGACAUUAUUUUUGUUGGCCCCUUUUCUGACAGUGAGCCAAUAAAUUUGGAUGACACCCUGAUUUUUUCUCCACAACCUGGUCCAUCCAGUGAGAGAGUGAGGAGAGUAGUGGUGGUCCACAGAGGGCAGGUAAUGUCAGAGCUCAUUUCACAUUUUAGUGAUAAGGACCUUGAAGAUGUCGACAUCAAAAUCCAGGUCUUACUGCCUGAUGGAACACCUGAAAUGGCCCAUGACGAUGGGGGAGUUGUGAGAGAUUGUCUUUCAGAAUUCUGGAAAGAAUUCUAUGACCAGUGCACCACUGGAAACGUUUACAAAGUGCCCUUCUUAAGGCAUGAUCUUGGGCAACCGGAGUGGGAGAGUGUGGGCAGAAUCAUUGCAUUUGGAUGGGUUAGAGAGAAAUAUCUGCCUGUGAAAAUUGCACCUGCCAUUCUGGAACAAGCUGCCUUUGGAUAUGUAAAGAGUGAUAUUGUGGAGAAUUUCCUUAAGUUCAUGCCUGACUCUGAGCGUACAGUGUUAGAGGCGUGGCGAUCAGACUUUAGCACCGUGGACCAAGAAGAACUUAUAGACAUACUUGAUAACCACAGCUGCAGAAAGAUACCAACAGCCUGCAAUGCCACUGAAGUCCUAUCCGGUUGUUCAGUCUGA